GUAAACUCAGCCGAAGAGACCCGAUGGUGUCGGACUGUGUUAGAUGAUGUGAAGCCCUUUCUUGCGCUUGAUACAGUAACGGGAGAGAGAAGGGAGCAUCUACUCUCGACGACAUGCCCAAGGGAAAGAAGGGGCCCGGCGGGAAGCUGGCAGGGAUGACUGAGGAGGAGAGGCUGCUCUUCAUGCAGCAAAGGGCCUUGGCAGAGGGUGAUGCAGCAAAACAGAAGGAAGACAUGCUCACCCAGUUUCUCAAGGACAAGUUGCAGAAGGAGGAGCGGAACAGCAGGGUAAACCUACACAAGCUCACACAGCAAUGGCGGAUGGUGCUGCGCAAGGCUCGGACCGACGAGCUGCGCCGCGAUGUGGACGUGCUCAGCCAGACCUUCGAGAGAGUGCUGGAUCGCAAGGACAGUGUCAUCAAGUGUCUGGUAGGUGACCUGGAAGAGGCGGAACAGCAGUCGUUGCAGGCGCUGCGGUCUAACCUGCAGUGCAUGGACCAACUCCUGGAGGUGCACAGGGCCAGGCUGGAUUCGCUUGAGCAGCAGUGGAACACGGAGCUUGAGGGACUCAGCGAGGAGUUUAACAGCGAGAGGGAGUUGAUCAUGUCUCAGCAUCAGGAAGAUUGUGCAUAUCUGGAGGAUGUCAGCUUUGCCGUGGAGCAGUACUACAAUGAAGUGGACAAUGAGGCCAAACAGGACUUUCAAAACACCCGUGAUGACAUCAAGAACAGGAACAUAGAGGAGAAACAUGCACUGAGGAUCCAGCUGGAGGGUGCUGUCGAGGAGCUGUGGCGGCAGUUCCAGCAGACGUUGCAGGCCUACAACGAGGCCACGGCGGACAGACAAAUUGCCUUUGAGACGCUGCGGGCCCGAGACCAGAGCAGUGCCCAGGAGAUAGACACCCAGAUGAAGAAACUCCAGAAGAUGCAGGACUUGGUCUUGGCUUUGCGAGAAAAGCUGAACUCCAGUCAAAGAGAGAGUGAGCUGGCAGCGCAGGAGCUACGGGCAGCCAGGGAAGAGGUUACCCUUCAAGUACAGCAGCUGAAAGACCAGCUGAGCCGCAUUCGUGUUGGAGAGAGGAGCCAGCUGGCUAACCUCACCACGCACAGCAGUGCUGCAGCUAAGAAGCUACAGGGUGUCAUACAGAAGGGGGAGAAACUGCUGCGGAUGUCAGAGAUGUGCCGUAAACUUGAGACAGAGCAGGAGAGGGUGCUGCCGUUCUACACCUCCUCCCUGAGUGCAGAGGAGCAGAGUCUGGAUAGAGCAAAUACCAUGGAAGCUCCAUGCGAGGAGUUGGCCCAGGCCAUGCUGGACUACACGGGCCUGGAGCGCUUUUGGCAGCGGUACAACAAGGCCUUGCUAGAGAGGGUGUGUUUAGAGCGGGAGCAGGAAGCACUCCGCCAGGAAAACAAGCAGCUGAGGCUUCUCCUGCGCCAGUACCUGGACGGUAUCACCGUCAGUGACGGGAUCCUGCAUACCCGCAACCCCCUGUUAAUGGUUUCCCGGCCUGCCCUCACCUCGCCAACCAAUACAGAGGCCCACAGGAAGUGGCCCACUGUCAUUGAGGCAGCCCAUGUGGUUCAGUAUACGCUGUAGGCUGUGAAGAAGCAUGAGGAGCUGACCUUCCUGCACAGCAGUCAUUCGCAGCACUUUGCAGAUGGACCAUAUAAUCACAUUUACCUUUCAUCAGACCGUGGAUACAGCAGUGCUGUAUGGAACAAGGAACACAAAUAAUCUAUUGUUUAUGCUACACUGCACAGCACUGGUCCUAUAACAAUACAAGCCCACCCUUCUGCCCUUAAGACACAUGAACUAGAGACUUACUGUGCAAUACAAUUAUUUGACAGCUGUGUUCUUUCAGAUAAUUAUACAUAUUUUAUGUCCACGCAGUCAA